AUGGAGUAUGAUCAAUACCGCAUACUCCGAACCAAUGCAGCAUAUAUAAUGAUGUGUGAUGCUGUCAAUAUGCUGUAUAACAAUUCCGUAGGAAAUGAAAGUCAUAUUGCUGUAGCAAAACGAGAUGGACAACUCCUACCCACAAAACACCUUAUUCUCACUUUCCAAUCUCCAACUUUGCCAGAAAAGGUUAAAGCAGGCUACAUGAAAUUGGCUGUGCGACCCUUUAUUCCUAAUCCUCUGCGAUGUUAUCAGUGCCAACGAUUUGGACAUUCUAAAAUUUCCUGCCGCGGGACACCCACUUGCGCCCGUUGUGCAGAGAAAGGACACGACAGCCAGCAGUGUACGGCUCAAGAAAAAUGUGUUAACUGCAGCGGCGAUCACACAUCUUUUUCUAGAUCUUGUCCGCGUUGGCAGUUGGAGAAAGAUAUCAUUGCAUUGAAGAUUAAGGAACAAAUAUCGUAUGUAGAGGCAAAAAGAAAGAUUCUCGCUCAAACACCUAAGCCAGGUCUAAGUUAUGCUACAGCUGCAAAAGUUCCAGUUCAGGGAAAUUUCUGUACAAACUGCUCCUGCAUGAAUUGUAUUAAAUUUACCACCAAAACAAAAAUUGUUGAAAAAACAUCAGAGUCAGAAACUGAACCAUCCUCAAAUAGUGUUCCAGACACAGAUAAACCCACAAAACGGAAAACAUCAUCCAAAUCGCAGAGAUCACUUAAACUGAAACUUUCGAAAUCUAACAUUCCAGAAAAAACGAUUUCAGAAAAAUUAAAGGGUGUGGUCCAUAGAGACCUUGCGUCUGUUUUUGGUGGCAUGUCCAAGAGCCCCGACCUUAUAACGCUACAUCCGCCUGAGGAGGAGGAUGAAGAACUUCAAAUGAGUUGCGAUGCCACGCACUCUCCAACUACCGUCUCAAAUACCUCUCCCCAAAAUAAACUUUCUUAA